AUGGCCUCCAGGAUCGAGAGCUGCGUGGUCCCGCGCUGGACAGUCAGGACGAUCCCGCGCGGGGAUGGACAUAGGGCCGCGGGGCAGUACGAGAAGUACCCGGGCUUCCCGCCCGAGUGACCUGAUGCCCUGGCUGUCGCGGCCUACGGGCACGCGCUGCUCGAGCAGUACGAGGGCGAGGGCUGGCGCGAGAGCGCGCGCUACCGAGUGGCGGCGGCACAGCCGUACCGGUUGCUGGACAGCGAGGCCUUCUGCCGGCUGGUGCCCUCGUCUCUGGAGUUUCUGCUGCCCCGCCUCUCGUCUCCUGGGCGCAGCUGGGGCGCGUCGAAGCAGCACCGGCUGGAGAAGGCGGCGGCCGCGGCCUACACCUUCCUCCAGAGGAACCCGAAGCACGAGCUAACCAGCUGGGAAAGUAUCUGAUAUUACAGGGGAGGUGUUGGGGGUCUCCCUGACCCCUCUGACACACCCCUCUAGGCAGUGUUCCUCAGGGCUGUGAAGCUCUACAACAGCGGAGAUUUCCGCAGCAGCACCGAGGACAUGGAGCGGGCCCUGGCUGAGUACCUGGCUGUCUUUGCCCGGUGUCUGGCUGGCUGUGAGGGGGCCCACGAGCAGGUGGACUUCAAGGACUUCUACCCGGCCAUAGCAGAUCUCUUUGCAGAGUCCCUGCAGUGCAAGGUGGACUGUGAGGCCAACUUGACCCCCAACGUGGGCGGCUAUUUCGUGGAGAAGUUCGUGGCCACCAUGUAUCAUUACCUGCAGUUUGCCUACUACAAGUUGAAUGAUGUGCGCCAGGCCGCCCGCAGCGCCGCCAGCUACAUGCUCUUCGACCCUGACGACAGUGUCAUGCAGCAGAACCUGGUGUAUUACCGCUUCCACCGGGCUCGCUGGGGCCUGGAGGAGGAGGACUUCCGGCCCCGGGAGGAGGCCACGCUCUACCACAAUCAGACAGUGGAGCUUCGGGAACUGCUGGAGUUCGCACAUAUGUACCUGCAGCCAGAUGAUGAGAUGGAGCUGGAAGAGGCAGUGCCGCCUGUGGAGCCCAAGGACCCUCCAUCCGAUGCCGAGUUCGAGGGGGAGGGGGACUACGAGGAGGGCAUCUAUGCUGACUGGUGGCAGGAACCGGAUGCCAAGGGUGAUGAGGCAGAGGCCGAGCUGGAGCCUGAACUAGCAUGA